AUGAGGCAAUUUUUUCGUCGAUUUUCUUCGUACAUAGCGAUGAGUUCCUACGAAGUAAAGCACAAUGUGAAAGGACGUGAAUUUUUUAUAGCCCUAGAUAAAGGUUUGUCCAUCUGUUCUCUUUUACGGUGACAGGUUCACCGGCAUAUGCGUUUUUUUUAGUUAAUUUGCUCGUUUGCUCGUAACCAGCGGCCCUUAUUAAAAGGUGUCUUAUGUUUGCCGUGUUUACAUUUAAGAUCGAGGUUUUAAUAGUUUUGAAACUGAUACAAAAAAAUCAUGUAUCGGUGAAAUCAAAGCUCGAAUCAGCAAUCUCCUCUCUAGCCAAAAAGCAGCAUCAUGUAACAAGUAAAGGAUUACACAAGCUUUUCUCUGUCUGCAGACUCGCAUUCAGGAGCACAAGAAAGCUACAUCAAAAUUGUUAAAAGAGUAAUAUGGCCCCUUCCUUGAUUUUCUUGAGGUGGUGGUGGGGGAAAGGGUAGGGAGUGGGGUGUGGGCAUUUGAUUAUGAGCAUCCUGAUGGAAGCCUUCCACUAGCUUUUAAGUCAAACUUAUGUCUUUAAGCAAGGCAUACCUCUAAGAAAAAAUAAAGGGAGCCCAGUGCUCUGAACAUGUGAAAUCCAGGAUCCCCAGUAUAUGAUUUCUAUGGGAAAACGAAGAUUUUCUAGUUGCUUGGGAGCAAAAGUUAGAUACCAGGGGCCACCAGGCACUGCUAAAGCACAGCUUUGUUUUAAGUGGUCGCAAAUUCAACAUUUCUUUUGCCUUUACAAACAUUCUCCCACACCCUCUAAAGUCUUAUGUGAAAUGCACAUGAGGAAUUAGUGCAUUUCAUUGAGAAAUGGUGCCGAGCGAAAAGCGUCAGCCGUAAAAUUGGGGUGGGGGUUCCAUGACUAUUUGCGUACUCAUGAAGGAUGCUGAUGCAUGUUGCGUCCUUUGUCUCUCUGAAUGCAGUGUUAGCUUAUUGUUUCCAUGAUUCAAAGAUAAUUUAACUAAAGCGAAUCAAUACCUUGUCUUCUGACAAGAUGACUUAUUAGGAACUGCAGUUACUCAAAAUGUAAAUUAUUUUGACUUUAUAAAAUAUUUUAAGGAUUUAAGCCAUUGGAAUGUAUAAAAUGUAAGAGAGGAACGACUUUUCUAUUUUUUUUGUUUCAUUUUAUUUAAUUUGUAUGAAAGCAUCAUUCUUUCAUGUGAAUUUUUUUGGCAUUCAGAAGGAAAAAAACUUCAAAGAAAUGUUUCAUUUACAAUCACUGCAAUAAGUAUCUAUUUUGCUUCACUCACACUUAGACGCAAAUCACCCUUCAUUCGGCAGAUUUUGCUGGAGGCAAAAAUGUCCCAUUGGUUUCUCAGAUCCUUGCCUUUUUGGGUUCCCUUGACUACCAAGAUUUUUUAAGCUUUGGACUGCUGUUUACUCCAAGUCAAGUCAAGUAUUGGUGAACUUUAUUAAGGCAGGGUAGGCCUAUCAGCCAUUGGCUGGUAUCAAAAGGGGCCCUGCGUAAAUAAUAGUCUACGAUUAGUCCCCAUUUUUCCUCAGGGAUAGUAGAGCGAGCGAAACGCGAGCCCACGUGAAAAUCACCGCAUGCGAGAGAAGGUGACACGCAGUGGGGAGAGAGAAAAUACUCGUAGUCUUCGUAAAUAAUGACUGCACGAUAAAAAUUUAAAAAUUACAAAUUACUUUUAAUAAUAUACAAAGAUGUUAAAAAAUGAGUAAAAGGGAAAUUACGUAUCUUUAUAAAGAUCACAAUUUGUUUAAGAUUAUGACAAAUAAGGGGGCUAUUGUAAGUUAGCUAAGUAUUAUACUAAUGAUGCAUAAUUACAUUCUAUGCUUAGAGUUAUGCGAAAUGCUGUGACCAAAAAAAGUCAUGCAGCAAGCUUCCGCAUAACUUGAUCUUUUUGGUUUCUUUUGUUCUUCUGUUUGUCUCCAAAACAAUCAAGAUGUUUCAUCAAUGUCAACCUACAAAUAAUAGGAGACAUUUGAUUGACAGAAAACUUUGCUUUUAGUAUUGAUAUGUUUCAAUAGGCACAAUUCUGUGAUGGCUAUGAAUUUCCCGAGGGAAUAUCAAAGCAACCUGAAGUUGAAUAUAUUACUAGACAGUGGAAAGACAGUAGAGUAGUCCUUCAGGAGUUGUAACUUCAUGUUGCAAAAAGCAAUGACAUUCUGCACGUGGCAAAAUGCUCUGCUAAAUUUCCUUUCAUCACUUAUGCAGUUUGGUAUUUAAAUGUGGAGAAGAAAGCUCAUUUAUACUCUAAAGAACUCCCGAGACAGAUCUCUGACCAUUUUCACCAUAAGUUAAGUUGGUACUGACAAUAUAAUGUUAAUGUUGUAAAUGAUAAUUGUGCAUUUUUUAUCUUAGGAAAGGCUGUAUUGUUGUAUGAAAAUGAAGGACACAAUACCAUAAAUAUGUAUCACACCCAAGUACCAACUGAAUUGAGAGGACAGGGAAUUGCUGGACAGUUGGCUAAAGUAAGUGGUGUUCUAAAGCUCCAGGCUGUAAUUGUAGAAGCCUUGCGACAGACUCCUUUUAUUCAGAGGAGUUUUGAAAUAGUUUUAUAGAUUAUGGUGAAGUUAUUUUUCCAUUCUCAUUUCUGAGGGAAAAGCAGACAGUAUGACAUUUUUCCACCUUUAAAAACAUUUGCCAGCCACUUUCUGUUACGGAAAAUUGUCUUGCGAGAGUAGUGUGACAUUGUAGAAGCUUCUUGAAAGUUCAUAGUUUGUUUAUUUUAGUACCUUGUAUAAGCAUUUCUAAAGCAGUAUAUUUUGUAAUCUUUCUAUAAUUGGACUAUUUGCAAAGUUCUAAUUUUAUUGUGAAAGUAUAUAAGUAGACGAGUCCAAGCGAGGUUUUAACUAGUUUUCANCAUUCUCAUUUCUGAGGGAAAAGCAGACAGUAUGACAUUUUUCCACCUUUAAAAACAUUUGCCAGCCACUUUCUGUUACGGAAAAUUGUCUUGCGAGAGUAGUGUGACAUUGUAGAAGCUUCUUGAAAGUUCAUAGUUUGUUUAUUUUAGUACCUUGUAUAAGCAUUUCUAAAGCAGUAUAUUUUGUAAUCUUUCUAUAAUUGGACUAUUUGCAAAGUUCUAAUUUUAUUGUGAAAGUAUAUAAGUAGACGAGUCCAAGUGAAGUUUUAACUAGUUUUCACAAGCGAAAAGAGUUAAACGUUGGUCGUGUUUAGUAAAGUGUGGCCGAAACAGUGUUUAUUCAAGUUGGCGGAGACCGUGUAAGGUUCUCAAGUUACGUGCAGUUGUAGAGUUGUACUUGUUGGAAACUACAUUCCUAUUUGGCAGGAAUAAAUUUUCUUGUUGCUGUUCCGACACCCUGCGUUCAGUUUAGUUUGCAAGCUACCCCUCCUCUUAAAGAUAACUCACGUAACACUUUCCCAUUUACUUAAGGCUUAUACUAAUAACAUCAACAUUAUUAUUUUGCUUUAGGCAGCUCUGGAUUAUGCUGUAAAUGAAGAUGCCAAGGUCAAAUUGACAUGUACAUAUUUGCAGAAAUACGUGAAUGACCAUCCUUCUCCAGACUACACAUCUCGCGUUGUAGCACCUUAA